GUCUGGCGGAGUUGCAUGUCCAGGUCGGUCUGUUAUGUGUGUAACUGGGUGUCUCUGUUACAGGAGUCGUACCCGGCUUCUUCCCCAAUAUGGUUCGUGGACUCUGAUGACCCAAACCUGACCUCAGUUCUGGAACGUCUAGAAGAUUCUAAGAACAACAGUUCGCUUCGUCAGCAGCUGAAGUGGUUGAUCUGUGAGCUCUGCCGAUUGCACGACCUUCCCAAGCACCUGGAUGUGGAGCUGCUGGACCAGCCGCUGCCCACGGGCCAGAAUGGGACCACGGAGGAAGUGACGUCGGAAGAGGAGGACGAGGAGGAGAUGGCGGAGGACAUAGAAGACCUGGAUCACUACGAGAUGAAGGAGGAGGAGCCUGUCAGCGGGAAGAAGUCAGAAGAUGAAGGAAUCGAAAAGGAAAACCUGGCCAUAUUAGAGAAAAUCAGGAAGACUCAAAGGCAAGACCAUCUAAAUGUAUGUGUAAAACCCUAGAACCCGGGCUUACGCGGCUAAGUAACGUCGUUGUAGGUGAUAGCGUUCAUUCAGGCGCCGCCCCAGCUCCCUCUCCAGCCGCCGUGUGGCUCAGGCACGGGUCUUGUUGCUGUCGUGUUGUUACUGGUUGAUUGACCUUCAGCUGCUGAUAGCCACUCUCACCCUGU